AUGUCUUCCUUCCGUACCGCAACCUUCGUCGACGACGAGAGGCUGGCAGCGCGCCAGCUUCGACUCAAGGGCCCAAAGACCGCCAUCUUUAUGGCGCAGGGCGGCGGCCGCGCAGACCGCCUGAUCGCAACGGCGCCCAAGUCGCUGUUGCAGAAGUACUCGUUCCUCGCGCGCCAGAAGCUCAGUGGCGAGAUGGAUGGCGGCAGGCUCGUGCUCGCGCAGGGGUCGGCGACAGAUGACGGCAUCAUCGAGGUGCUGGACUGGAUGAGGCGGAGCUGCGAGACCGAGGAGACUAGGUUGCUCACUUACGAAGCGGAGUUCACGGCGAGGUCCUCCUUUCUCCCCGUCAUCGAGCUCUACCGCGCGGCAUUGGCUCUGAAAGUUCUACGCAGCCUCAACCACGUCAAGCAACAGCUGCAACACGACCUCUUGGGUUGGCGAUCAGUCACCAUUCUCGAGUGCAAGACGAUCUGGGACAACUUCGGCGGCAACCCUCAGGAGAACGGCCUCGUCGACCGCAUGGUGAACCAGCUUGUGUUCUUCGCUCGAAAGGACGGCAUGAGCCUAGAGAAUGUAGUGGAGGCGACGGAGUGGGAGGCGGUGGUCAGCUUUGCGGAGGAAGCGGGCCGGGAGAAGUUGAUGGAGAAGCUGAAGGAGAAGGAGAGGAAGUUCGGUGAGAACUGA